AUGUUCAAAUCUACUCACGUAGAAGCAUCUCCAUACCUUGCUCCUUUGAGAUUAAGUGUAGAGCUUGUCGAAGGCUUCAUUUUGAUUGGAACAAAUCAUUGUUUCGUCUUCGUCGACUUUUGGAUUUUUCUUCCUUCUUCCUCUUCUAAGCUUAAGGAAUAUGUGUCAACUCAAGGAAGUCAGGUUUGCGCGGAUUUUGUGUUGGAUUACACCACUCAAUUCACAACUGAACAGGCAUCAUUUGAGAAAAUACACAGUCUGCUUGAGUUGCAACACACUGAUAUCAAGGCUUCAUUUGAGAAAAGUCUAACUGCUGUGCAAUAUCAAUUUAAACCUUCUCAGUUUAGGGAGCUAUGGGGUAAUGUGUCUAUCUCUGCAUUAGAGUAUUUGCUUGUAAAGAGUAAGAGAGCCAAUUCCAUUGGUAUUGAUGUUGAAGCUUGUGGAUGCGUCCUUCGCCACACUCAUGGUUUACCUUGUGUCCAUGAGAUUGUUGACUACAUCAGACAAGGUCGUCCUAUACCACUUGCUACCAUACACUCACAGUGGAGGCAACUUCAUAUCUCCAUAUGCAAGAAAGAAGAGGAAACGGAGAUGAGUUGUCAUGCAGAAGUAGAGUUGUUUAUGAACAAGUUUAAUGAAAGUGAUAGAACCAUGCGGUUGGAGCUUUUGAAGAAGUUAAAAAAUAUUGUAUAUUCGGGAAGCACUUUUCUUGUUGAGCCGGAGGUGAAGCCCAAAACACGUCAUCGGGAUCAUAAGAAGAUCAAUGUUUCUACCCAUCAUGACCCGUCUUCUACUCUGGAAACCAAGAAGAAACGACCUGUUAACGGAAAGAAGAAGGUGAAUGUGAAAGGGAAGGUAUACAUUACUAGAGCAGUGAAACCUGGUGCAUAUGUUGAUGCUUUCCCUUCUGGGUUGAAACCAUACAUUAAGUUUGUCAAGGAUGUAGCUGCAUAUGGGAAUUGUGGUUUCAGGGCUAUAACUGCUUCAAUUGGUCAUUCAGAAAAUGAUUGGGCUCAGGUUAGGCAUGAUCUGUUAGGUGAGCUGCAUGCACACAAAGAGGAAUACAUUACACUUUAUGGGUCCUACGAAAGGUUUGAAGAAUUGACAAGCAUAUUGUCAUACUUUGAAGACAGUCCUGGAUACUCACAUUGGAUGACUAUGCUAGACAUGGGGCAUCUUGUUGCAUCGUGCUACAAUCUUGUGUUAUCCCACUUGUCAUUAGAGCAAUGUCUCACCUUUUUACCUCUUAGAACAGUGCCAGUACCUCAACUUGAUAGACGUGAGAUUGCCAUUGGGUUUGUCAACGGAAAUCAUUUCGUCCAGGUUUUGUUGCAGCCAGGCCAUCUAGUUCCUUCUAUAGCCACUAAUUGGAGAAAGUACCAUCACUCUUGCGCUAUCGACUGGGAUGAUACAUAUAUGCGCCGAAUUCAACAUUUCAAGGACAUUAUUCAUGAUACUGUAGCUGCUUGA